GAUACUUGUUUCAAUUUUAGCAAUGUCUAGCGCUUUCGCAGCAGAUGGUACAAUCACAAUCAACGGUUUAGUAACUGACAAAACUUGUGAUAUCGUGACUCCACAAGGUAAAGAUUUCACAGUAACGCUUCCAACAGUUUCUAAGCAAACUCUUGCUAAAACUGGUGAUAUCGCGGGUCGUACGCCAUUCACAAUCAACUUGGCUAACUGCUCUGAAGGCAAAGUUGCAACUUAUUUUGAACCAGGUUCAACAGUUGAUUUUGGUACUGGUCGUUUAAACAACACAGAUGCAACUGGCGCGAAAAACGUUCAAGUUCAAUUGUUAGGUUCAAAUAACCAAUUCAUUCCUGUACUUGCUGCUGGUGCUUCUGGCGCGCAAACUAACUCUCAAUGGGUAGAUGUUGCGGACAAAGGUGCAGCUGAUCUUAAUUACUAUGCUGAAUAUUAUGCAACUGAUGCAUCUGCUGCUGGUAAACGAAUGCUGAAAUCAUCAUUCAUGGUACUCGUGUCAUCUAUCCAUCUGAUGCACGUAAGUAAUAACGGAAAUAAUCCUGCAUUGGUUCAAGCAUGGAUUGAUGAGGGAGAUGCAAAAUCUACUCCAGAUCAAUCUAAAGCGCCUUUUAUGAUUACACCGCCUAUAUCGCGUGUGGAAGCAAAAAAAGGGCAGUCUUUACGUAUUACCAGUUUGCCGAAUGCAAAUGAGUUAAGUAAAACUCAAGAAACGCUAUUUUGGUUAAAUAUUCUCGAUAUCCCACCAAAGCCUUCUGCGAAAGAUCAGAAUGUUGUACCAGAUAACUUUUUACAACUUGCGAUUCGAUCGCGUAUAAAGUUUUUUUAUCGCCCAGCUGGACUUAAAGAAGAUGUCGCUUUGGCACCUGAAAAAUUACAGUGGAGCAAUAACGGUACUCAGUUAACCGUAAAAAACCCAACACCAUUUCAUAUUACCUUGACUUCUAUUAUGCAAGAUCAAUCAGGCAAACGCGUUGAUUUGAUUUCACAAGGUUUAAUGUUGAAACCAUUUUCUGAUGGAACGGUGAGUUUAAAAAAUUCCAAUGUCGCUAAGAUGACCUUUACCACAAUCAAUGAUUAUGGUGGUCGUGCAGACUUCUUUAUGCAAAAAAAUGAACAAAGCUACAAGUGGAUCAAGCGACAUAUCAGUUACUAUGUGGCUUGUGGGGUUAUUACGCUCAGCAUUCCUGCUUUAGUUAAUGCAUCUGAAACUGACUUAAAAGAGGCUGAAAAGUCUCCGACUGCUGCAGAAGCAGAAUUUGAUUCGGCUUUUUUAAUUGGCGAUGCCAAAAAGAUAGAUAAAAUCGAACAGUGGGUUGAAGAUUCUUUUUAUGAAUUUGAUACUUCACGCUUACGUGUCGAUAUUUCGAUUCCGCAAGUUGCGAUGCAAAAAAAUGCGCAAGGCUAUGUCGACCCAAGUGGGGAAGAAACCACAAAUGCGUUUACUUCGGUAACCGCUGGUGCAAAUUUGGCAGGUUGGCAAUUGCGCCAUAAUGGUCAAUGGCAAUGGCAAUGGCAAGACCGCACGACUACAGAUAAUCAAUCUAAAUCGAGUUAUGAUGCGAUUAGCACCUAUGUACAACGCGCUUUCCCGCAAUACCGUGGCGUGUUGACUUUAGGUGAAAGCUUUACCGAUGGUGAAAUCUUUGAUUCAUUUGGCUAUCGUGGUUUCGAUUUUUCUAGUGAUGACCGCAUGUUACCCAACAGUAUGAUUGGUUAUGCACCCCGUAUUCGCGGAAAUGCAAAAACCAAUGCCAAGGUUGAAGUACGUCAGCAAGUACAAAUGCUACGUCCAGGAAUGAGCCGUUAUUCUGUGUCAAUGGGUCAAUUCCGCGAUAAAGAUAUAGAUCUAGAUCCUUUUAUUGUGCAAGGGAAGUAUCAACGCGGUAUUAAUAACUCGAUCACGGCUUAUGGUGGUGUGCAGUUCUCAGAAGACUAUUCAGCAGUGACAUUGGGCAGUGCUUUUGCAACACCGAUUGGUGCAAUUGCUCUCGAUGUGACGCAUUCACAAGCAGAUUUUGAACGUCAUACCAAUUUGACUUUGGCUGCAUAUCGCUAUUCUACAGAAAACUUUUACAAGUUACGUGAUGCGAUAUUGGUACAAGACCUCGACAAUAAAGGUAAACAGCGCAGUGAAUUUCAGAUCACCCUGAAUCAGGGUUUACCACGUGAUUUUGGCAACAUUUAUGCAACAGGUUCGUGGGUAGAUUACUGGAAUCGUCAGGAAACAACCCGUCAAUAUCAAGUCGGUUAUAGCAACAGCUAUCGUGGUUUGACUUAUGGUUUGUCGGCAAUUAAACGUAUUGUUGAAAACAAUGCCACAAGUAUCAGCAAUAGUGAUACUGAGUAUAUGCUGACCAUGUCUUUACCACUUUCAUUUAAGAAAAGCUCAGCAAACCUUAACUCGAUUAUGACGCAAGAUAAUGCGACUGUCGGCGUGAGCGGUGUGGUUGGUGAUCGUUUUAACUAUGGUACAUCUGUAUCGACGCGCUAUGCAGACUCGGUUACAGUGAAAUGGGGCGAAAAUGCCAACGAACAAUGCCGAAUUCAAUAUGAUGUUUCUGCACAAGCAGCAGACAAAAAGCAAAAUAUGAUUAUGGCGGAAGUUCGGGUGCAUACGCAGCUUGUGUACCUCAGCGUGGAUUUACCCCGCAAGAUG